AAAAACAUGAAACUCACUCUCUCUCAAAACAUGAAAAACUCUCUCUCUCUCUCUCUCUCUCUCUCUCAAUAAGCACAACUCUUCCUAGUUCCUACCCUCCUUCCAUUGUAAACUUCCUGUGCACUUACUGAAACCCUAAAAACCUCACCCAAAGUCAGCUUCCUUCCCUCUCCUCAACUCACCUUUCAAUUAGUAACACCCACCCUCUCUCUCUUAAAUUUUUUUUUUUUUUUUUUCAGAUCAUCUUCACUCCAAUUUCAUCUGGUUGUUUUUUUUUUAAUCGAUGGCAAAGUCAAAUCCCCACACACCAUCAAAGCCUAAUCAAACCCACUUCACUUAUCCAAAGACCCCACAAUCCCAAACCAAACACCGCCUUAACUGCAAAGAUACCCUUGCAACAACAGCAGAGCACCCGGUGGAGGUGAUUGGCCGCAUUCGCGACCACCCAGACCGGAAAGAAAAACCCAUAUCCGCAUUGCAGAUUAACCCAGACCGCCGGUCCCUCCGCGUGAAGACAGAGAUCGGGUACCGGGAUUUCAGCCUCGAUGGGGUUUCGAUGUCCGAGGAGGAAGGGCUUGAUGAGUUUUAUGAGAAGUUUGUGGAAUCCAGGAUAAAUGGGGUGAAGUUGGGGGCUAAGUGCACUGUGAUGAUGUACGGGCCGACUGGGUCAGGGAAGAGCCACACCAUGUUUGGGUGUGCAAGGCAGCAGGGGAUUGUGUACAAGUCUCUGAGGGACAUACUGGGUGAAGGGGGUGGAGGCAGUGAUGGAGUUGGGCUGUUUGUGCAAGUCACUGUUUUGGAGAUAUACAACGAGGAGAUAUAUGAUCUGUUGUCGACCAAUAAUGGUGGCGGGCUGAGCCUUGGGUGGCCCAAGGGCAGUGCUUCUAAGGUAAGACUGGAAGUAAUGGGAAAGAAGGCAAAGAAUGCAACUUUUAUUUCUGGAACCGAAGCUGCAAAGAUAUCAAAAGAGAUCCAGAAAGUUGAGAAGCGAAGGAUCGUUAAGAGCACAUUAUGCAAUGAGAGAAGCUCCCGAAGCCACUGCAUGAUAAUUCUUGAUGUCCCAACAGUAGGUGGUCGGCUCAUGCUUGUUGACAUGGCAGGUUCUGAAAACAUUGAGCAAGCCGGUCAGAUUGGAUUCGAAGCAAAAAUGCAGACAGCAAAGAUUAACCAAGGAAAUAUAGCACUGAAGAGGGUGGUUGAGUCCAUUGCUAAUGGUGACUCUCAUGUUCCAUUCAGAGACAGCAAGUUAACUAUGCUUUUGCAGGAUUCUUUUGAGGACGACAAGUCAAAGAUUUUGAUGAUAUUGUGCGCCAGCCCAGACCCCAAGGAGAUGCACAAGACAAUAUCUACUUUGGAAUACGGAGCAAAAGCAAAGUGCAUUGUUCGCGGUCCCCAUACACCACUCAAGGACAAGAAUGGCACUGAAGAUUCCUCAUCGGUAGUUAUUUUAGGAUCAAGGAUUGCAGCUAUGGACCAGUUUAUUUUCAAGCUCCAAAUGGAGAACAAGCUGAGGGAAAAAGAGCGAAAUGAAGCCAACAAAGAGCUAAUAAAGAAAGAAGAAGAGAUUUCUGCUCUAAGGGCCAAACUUGCAUUGGGGGCAAGCGAAGAGGAGAUCAACUUGAAGGUGAAUGAGCGGACCCAGAUGCUUAAAUGUGAAUUAGAGAAGAAAAUACAAGAAUGUGAGAAAAUGGCAAAUGAUUUAGUUGAGAUUGAAAGGAGGAAGAUGGAAGAAAGGAUACUUCAACAGCAACAGGAAGUUGAAACACUAAGGCGUCGUUUGGCAGAAAUUGAGUUAGAGCUACACCGUUCUAGGGGCAGAAAUGGUGAAGAUGAUGGGGCCAGCUUAUUGGAUGGAAGUAGUUUUGCAAAAAGGCUAUUGGAUAUUUAUUCCAAUGAGGAUCCAGGGAUGGAGAAAUCAAUGGAUUUGGAUAAAUCAAUGGAUUUGGAUACGGGAAAAAAAGAACCCUCUGUGCACGAUGUGAAAAAUUCUGAGGGUGGUGGUCACAAUAUAUGCAAUAAUUCUACAAAAAUGAAUAGGGAAGUGCAUGAUGCUUUUGCCCCAUUGUUUGCUAACAAAAUAUCUUUGAGCACUGUAUUAGAGGAAGGAGAAGAAGUAGAAGAACAAGACGAAGAAGUACAGAAAGAGGUAAUAGAGGAGAAGAGAGUUUAUUCUAGUAGGAUUAGUGACUCAAGGCUCAAUUUCACCUCAGGGUCUUUUACACCAUCUCCUCGGAAACUUGAACCUGAAAAUGCUAAGGAAUCUUCUUCUUCUAGGCGAAAAAGAAUUCAAAACAUAUUCACACUUUGUGGAAAUUAUAGAGAGCUCUCUCAGCACAACGGGACCCCAUUCCCUAUACAAAAGAGGUUCGACAACUUUGAUCCUCACUCAUCUCCAGUGAGAACAAUGGGAGAGGAUUCCACUGCGAAAAAAUCUUUAAAUGAGUUGGUAUCAUAUAAAACAGAGAUGAACAAAGUACAAAACUCUGAAGAGAUAGCAGUGAAGUCGAAGGAAAACUACAGCCCAUUGGAAGUAAGCAAUGGUGAUGCGGUUGAAGUGUACGUGAAAUGGGAGGUGUCAAAGGAGCAUCCGGGGAAGUUUAUCACUACUCUGAAGGUUGUGAAGGAUGCAACACUCGCUGAUCUGAGGAAGCUGAUUGAAAUCCACCUCGGUGCAGAUAAACAAGCAUUCACGUUUCUCGGGCUUGGGGACCCUACUGGAGCUCCAGUCCCCAGAGAGAAGGAAGCCGCAAUGCACGCCAGCAAACUGCCUAUUUGCAACCAGUCACGAGCCCACCUUGCUUGCUUGCGCCCAGCAGUGAAACAACGAAUUCAAAGUCCAAAUCAUCUUCCAUUCAGCCCACUGCAAAACAUACUUAAUAUUACUGCAAGGUGAUACUACUGCUUCCUAUUGUUAGUUGUCCAAUGCUUGACUGUAUUAGUGGUGUGUAUUCCUGUAUAUGUAAUCAUGCUUAAUUGUUGAACGAGGUCCACUCUGAGUAUAUUGCAUUGUGUACUCCUUUUGUGCAGUUUUAAGAUUUCCGCCUUUUGUGGUAGUUAUAUUUGCAUCUUUGGUAUUACAAGCACACAUGUAUCUAAUGUUUGUUUUUGUAAAAAUUGGAAGUAACUGAAGGGAAGGUAUUCGUUUGAAUAAGCUAGAUUUUCUCCAUACA